UCGAGCCGGAGUCAGUUUUAACAAUACACUCCAUUGGAUUGUAAGUGACAUAAAACUCUUUUGGGGAAAGAGCGAUGAUCAAAUAAAAUGGGACUACUGUUCUGGGUGCAAUAAGAUAGUUUAUUUCGAUCCGGUUGAUGACACAUUCAAGAUAUUGCCCUCUCCUACACGGAUCAAUCCAAAAGAAGAAGAUAGCAUAGAAGGUACGGGAAUUAUAGAUGGAUGUUUUUGCAUGGCUCGGGGGGACAAAAAGAGCCAGCUGAUCCAUGUAUCAGUUAUGAAAGAGUAUGGAAAACAAGAGUCAUGGGUCACAUACUUUGUUAUCACCUUAUACGAACAUGGAGUACGUGAGCUUUACAACUUCGAGUUUUUCUCUCAUAAUGGGAAGGUAUUAAUGAAGGGUUGCUAUAUCGGGAGAACAUGUGUGUAUGAUAUCAAAGAAGAGAAGCUAGAAGAGACGAAGUUCCUUGUAUCCGAUGGUG